GGGCGCGUGGAGUCUGGGUGCUGGCCCUGUGCCCUCGCUGCCCCGCGUCUGUGGUCCCCUCGGGUCCCCUCGGUUCCUUUCGGUUCUCGCCCCCCUCCCCUCCCUACAGCUGGCGGCGGGGGCUGCUCCUCGCAGAGCUCUGGGCCGGCUCGGCCAGCUGGGGCCCCCUGCGGCCGUCUGUGUCCCUUGCCGCUAGGACCUGCCAGUCUGCGCGCCAUGGCAGCGGCGGCAGCAUCCCUGCCAGCAUCCCCGCCAGCGGCGGCGGCGGUGGCGUCCACGGGCGCCGCGGAUGCUAUUGUUCCCUAGUGUUAGUUGCUCUUUGGCUGCUUUUCAUCUGGAGCGAACAAUAGCAGCGGAGAAAGCUUUUGCGUUUUCUUCUGGUGGAGAAGGAAGGACGGUUCCCCGCGAGAGUACUACGGCUCCAGAGGCUGGAGCGGCUGCGGACAGCAUGGGGCUGCGAGCCGGGCGCCUAGCGUCCCCGAGCCGGGGCGUCCUGCAGCUGCUGCGGCUGCCACUGCUUUUGCUGCUCUUGCUGAGCUCCGGCGCCCGCGGGGCUGAGGCGCAGGGAGACGCCGAGGUGCCCACCCUCUAUCUGUGGAGGACUGGUACCUGGGGACGGUGUAUGGGAGAUGACUGUGGACCAGGCGGCAUCCAAUCCCGGUCUGUGUGGUGUGCUCAUGUGGAAGGCUGGACAACGCUGCCUGCGAACUGCAAGCAGGCUGGGAGACCGAGUACCCAGCAGAACUGUUUCAAGGUGUGUGACUGGCACAAAGAGUUGUAUGACUGGAGGCUGGGACCCUGGAAUCAGUGUCAGCCUGUGAUUUCCAAAAGCCUGGAGAAAACUCGAGAAUGUGUGAAGGGAGAGGAAGGCAUCCAGGUGAGAGAGGUAACCUGUAUCCAGAAGGACAAGGACAUCCCCGCAGAGGACAUCAUCUGCGAGUACUUUGAGCCCAAGCCCCUCCUGGAACAGGCCUGCCUCAUCCCUUGCCAGCAAGACUGCAUCGUGUCUGAGUUCUCGGCCUGGUCCGAGUGCUCCAGGACCUGUGGCAGCGGCCUGCAGCACCGCACUAGACACGUGGUCGCACCGCCCCAGUUCGGAGGCUCCAGUUGUCCCAACCUCACUGAGUUCCAGGUGUGCCAGUCCAACCCCUGCGAGGCAGAGGAGAGCAUGUAUAGUUUGCAGGUGGGGCCCUGGAGUGCAUGCUCAGUGUCACACUCAAGGCAAACCAGGCAAGCCAGGCGUCGUGGCAAGAACAAAGAGCGGGAGAGGGAGAGAGGCAAAGUGGUGAAGGACCCAGAGGCCCGUGAGCUCAUCAAGAAAAAGAGAAACAGAAACAGACAAAACAGACAGGAGAACAGAUACUGGGACAUCCAGAUUGGGUACCAGACCAGGGACGUGAUGUGCACGAACAAGACUGGGAAAGCCACGGAUCUCAGCUUCUGCCAACAAGAGAAAAUGCCCAUGACCUUCCAGUCCUGUGUGAUCACCAAGGAGUGCCAGGUGUCCGAAUGGUCGGAAUGGAGCCCAUGUUCAAAAACAUGCCAUGACGUCACAUCCCCCGCAGGCACUCGUGUAAGGACAAGGACUAUCAAGCAGUUUCCAAUUGGAACUGAAAAGGAAUGUCCAGAACUUGAGGAGAAAGAACCGUGUUUGUCUCAGGGGGAUGGAGCUGUCCUCUGUGCUACGUACGGCUGGAGAACUGCAGAGUGGACAGAGUGUCACGUGGACCCUUUGCUCAGUCAGCAGGACAAGAGGCGUGCCAAUCAGACAGCCCUCUGUGGAGCUGGCAUCCAGACCCGGGAAGUAUACUGCACACAAACCAACGACAACCCGCUCUCCCACUUAGAUACACAAAAGGACAAAGAAGCUUCAAAACCAGUGGACUCGAAAUUAUGCAGUGGCCCUCUUCCUAGCACCAUGCGGCUGUGCCACAUUCCUUGUCCAGUUGAAUGUGAGGUCUCACCUUGGUCUGCCUGGGGACCCUGUACUUAUGAAAAUUGUAAUGACCAACAAGGGAGAAAAGGAUUCAAGCUAAGGAAGCGGCGCAUUACGAAUGAGCCUACUGGAGGUUCGGGGACAACUGGAAACUGCCCUCACUUACUGGAAGCCAUUCCCUGUGAAGAGCCAUCCUGCUAUGACUGGAAAGCAAUGAGACUUGGAGACUGUGAACCAGAUAAUGGAAAAGACUGUGGGUCUGGCACUCAAGUUCAGGAGGUCGUAUGCAUCAACAGUGAUGGAGAAGAAGUGGACAGACAGCUAUGCAGAGACGCCAUCUUUCCCAUUCCUGUGGCCUGUGAUGCCCCAUGCCCAAAGGACUGUGUGCUCACGGCAUGGUCUACAUGGUCCUCCUGUUCACACACCUGCUCAGGGAAAACUACAGAAGGGAAACAGAUCCGAGCUCGGUCCAUUCUGGCCUAUGCAGGUGACGAAGGUGGAAUCCGCUGCCCCAACAGCAGUGCUUUGCAAGAGGUGCGCAGCUGCAAUGAGCAUCCUUGCACUGUGUACCACUGGCAAACUGGUCCCUGGGGUCAGUGUAUAGAGGACACAUCAGUGUCAUCCUUCAAUACGACUACAACGUGGAACGGGGAGGCCUCAUGUUCUGUGGGCAUGCAGACACGAAAAGUCAUCUGUGUGCGAGUCAACGUGGGCCAAGUGGGACCCAAGAAGUGUCCUGAAAGCCUUCGGCCCGAAACAGUGAGGCCUUGCUUGCUUCCCUGUAGGAAGGAUUGUAUCGUGACCCCAUAUAGUGACUGGACACCAUGUCCUUCUUCAUGCAGAGAAGGGAACUCUGGAACCAGAAAGCAGUCUCGACAUCGGGUCCUCAUUCAGCUGCCAACCAAUGGAGGCCGGGACUGCUCAGACCCUUUGUAUGAAGAGAAGGCUUGUGAGGCACCUCCCACGUGUCACAGCUACAGGUGGAAGACUCACAAAUGGCGCAGGUGCCAGUUAGUCCCUUGGAGCAUUCAACAGGAUGUCCCUGGAGCUCAGGAAGGCUGCGGGCCUGGACGGCAGGCAAGAGCCAUUACUUGUCGAAAGCAAGAUGGAGGACAGGCUAGUAUCCAGGAGUGCCUCCAGCAUGCAGGCCCUGUGCCAGCCCUAACACAGGCUUGCCAGAUCCCUUGCCAAGAUGACUGUCAAUUUACCAGCUGGUCCAAGUUUUCCUCAUGCAAUGGAGACUGCGGUGCCGUUAGGACCAGAAAGCGUGCUAUUGUUGGGAAAAGUAAAAAGAAGGAAAAAUGUAAAAACUCCCACUUGUACCCUCUGAUAGAAACUCAGUUUUGUCCUUGUGACAAGUACAACGCGCAGCCUGUGGGAAACUGGUCGGACUGUAUUUUACCGGAAGGGAAGGCUGAGGUGCUGUUGGGAAUGAAGGUACAAGGAGACACCAAGGAAUGUGGACAAGGAUACCGUUACCAAGCAAUGGCAUGCUACGAUCAAAAUGGCAGGCUUGUGGAAACAUCGCGAUGCAACAGCCACGGUUACAUAGAAGAAGCCUGCAUCAUUCCCUGCCCCUCGGACUGCAAGCUCAGCGAGUGGUCCAACUGGUCCCGCUGCAGCAAAUCCUGUGGGAGCGGCGUGAAGGUCCGGUCCAAGUGGCUGCGAGAAAAGCCUUAUAAUGGGGGAAGGCCUUGCCCCAAACUGGAUCAUGUCAACCAGGCACAGGUGUAUGAGGUCGUCCCGUGCCACAGUGACUGCAAUCAGUACAUAUGGGUUACAGAGCCGUGGAGUGUCUGCAAGGUGACCUUUGUGAACACGCGAGAGAACUGUGGAGAGGGUGUGCAGACCCGCAAAGUGAGAUGCAUGCAGAAUACAGCUGACGGCCCUUCUGAACAUGUGGAGGAUUACCUAUGCGACCCAGAAGAUAUGCCCCUGGGCUCAAGAGAAUGUAAACUUCCAUGCCCUGAAGACUGUGUGAUAUCUGAGUGGGGGCCGUGGACCCAGUGUGCCUUGCCUUGCAAUCCAAGUGGUUCCCGGCAAAGGUCAGCUGAGCCUAUCAGACAGCCUGCUGAUGAAGGAAGAGUCUGCCCUGAUGCCGUGGAGAAGGAGCCCUGUAGUCUGAACAAAAACUGCUACCACUAUGACUACAAUGUCACAGACUGGAGCACAUGUCAGCUGAGUGAAAAGGCGGUUUGUGGAAAUGGCAUUAAAACGAGGAUGCUGGACUGUGUUCGAAGUGAUGGCAAGUCUGUUGACCUGAAAUAUUGUGAAGAGCUUGGCCUGGAGAAGAACUGGCAAAUGAACACUUCCUGCAUGGUGGAAUGCCCUUUGAACUGUCAGCUUUCGGAUUGGUCGCCAUGGUCAGAAUGUUCUCAAACAUGCGGACUCACAGGAAAAAUGUUUAGAAGACGAACAGUGACCCAGCCCUUUCAAGGUGAUGGGAGACCUUGCCCUUCCCUCAUGGAACAGUCCAAGCCUUGCCCAGUGAAACCAUGCUAUUGUUGGCAAUAUGGCCAGUGGUCUCCAUGCCAAGUUCAGGAUGCCCAGUGUGGAGAAGGAACCAGGACACGGAAUAUUUCUUGUGUGGUGACUGACGGCUCAACUGAUGAUUUCAGCAAAGCGGUGGAUGAAGAAUUCUGCACUGAUAUUGAGCUCAUCGUAGAUGGUAAUAAGCAGAUAGUUCUGGAGGAAACCUGCACCCAGCCCUGUCCAGGUGACUGUUAUUUGAAUGACUGGUCUUCAUGGAGUCUGUGUCAGCUGACCUGUGUGAAUGGUGAGGAUCUUGGUUUUGGUGGAAUACAGGUCCGAUCCAGAGCUGUGAUUAUACAGGAACUGGAAAAUCAACAUCUAUGCCCAGAGCAGAUGUUAGAAACCAAGUCAUGUGAUGACGGGCAGUGCUACGAGUAUAAGUGGAUGGCCAGCGCUUGGAAGGGCUCCUCUCGCACAGUCUGGUGUCAAAGGUCAGAUGGCGUAAACGUGACAGGGGGCUGCUUGGUGGUGAGCCAGCCUGAUGCCGACAGGUCUUGUAACCCACCCUGUAGUCAACCCCACUCAUACUGUAGUGAGAUGAAGGUGUGUCGCUGUGAAGAAGGGUACACCGAAGUCAUGUCCUCCAACAGCACCCUGGAGCAAUGUACACUUAUCCCAGUGGUGGUGAUUCCCACUGUGGAGGACAAAAGAGGCGAUGUCAAAACCAGCCGGGCAGUUCACCCAACCCAACCCUCCACUAACCCAACAGGACGGGGCAGGACCUGGUUUCUACAGCCAUUUGGGCCAGAUGGGAGACUAAAGACCUGGGUUUACGGUGUCGCAGCAGGGGCAUUUGUGCUGUUCGUCUUUGUCGUCUCCAUGAUUUAUCUAGCUUGCAAAAAGCCAAAGAAACCCCAAAGACGACAAAAUAACCGCCUCAAACCUUUAACCUUAGCCUAUGAUGGAGAUGCUGACAUGUAACACGGAGUAUUCCUGGAAACAACCAGACUUGGCCUUUUGCCUUCGUAGUAGCCAUUCAGGGGCCACAGUAUCAGUAUUGAAAUGUGUUGAUUAAAUUAACUUUAACUGUUAUGAACACCAUCAUUAAGGGGGAAAAAAAGAGAAAACUCUACUCCCACUGGGAAUAUUCAAGACAAAACCACUGACAUACAGAGAGUCAACCUUGAGAAUCCUAAGAGAUGCAGUGGAAUGCAUGUUGUGUCUUGAGAGUUUUGUAUCAUCUUUUUUGAAAUCUACCGAUUGAAGAAAGAGACACUUCGAUCUCUGAAAAUCAGUGAGGAAAUUGGCCAAGUGGGAAGCCACAUGCAAGACUGCUUGCAACACUAACCCACAAAACUUUCUAGCAUGAACAGUUCAUAAUGAAGGCUUUACAAUUCUACACUUAAGCAUAACAAUACAUAUAUUUGAUCAAAUGAGUUACAUUAUGAUGUCAUCUUAUAUACUUGUUAAUAAUCAACCUCUAACAGUGAAGAUGACGUAAGUCCUAUACUAGAGGGAAAAUACAUUGAACAAUAUAGCAUCUUCACGGUUGAUAGUGGCUUUUAUUGGCCUGCGUUUCAGAAACAAACUCUUUUAAAAGACUACUCUUGUCUCUCUCCAAUGUGUGAAUGCUGGACACGUACUAGUAUCUUAGAAGACAGAAUCCUCAAGUUCGGGAUUUUAUAGUGGUUACUGUCUAGAAAACAAAUAAGCGUGUAUUAAUACAUUUCUACUUUCCCUAAUUUCACACUGGUUGCCUAACAUCUUUUUUGCUGUAUGGAAGGCACAUUUCGCACUAUAUUAGUGCAGCAUGAUAGGCACUUAACCAGUAUUGCCAUAGAAACUGCCUCUUUUCAUAUGGGAUGAAGAUAUCUGUGCCAAGAGUGCUGUGGAGACAUUUGCAAGAGUUUGUAUUUUGAAGAGAGUUAGUUCAGUCUUGAUGGUAACAGGAUUGAAUCUGCUAUGACAUCUGCUGUCUAUACUCUUCCUUCUCAACUACAGCCAUUAUAAAAUUGACAACACGGGAAGAAUUCAAGUGUUGAAAUCCCUAACACACCAACCUUCAAAAGGUGGAAUCCCCUGGUGGGGUUACAGUUGCUCUUGGAAGGCUGUUUCAGAUAAGAUUUAUAUAUUUGUUACCUUUGUUUAAAAAAAGAAGAAGAAAAGAAAAGAAAAAAGGACUGGUUAUCUUCGUAAUUUUGAGCAGAUGGAGAAAAUAAUGUAUCAAUGAUUUUUUAACAAAAAAAAAAUCAAACUUAUGUGUUAGCUUUUCUUUCUUCUUGAUUUGCUUUUUUGGCGUGAGGUUGACAUUCUGCCAUGUAGGCUGUAUUCAUAGCCAUGAUCUUUUGCUGUUCUCAUGGCUGAAAUCUAAAGAAGUAUGAUUUUAUAACCUGAAAUUUAAAAAGAAAGAGGAGUGAAUGAUAUCAUCCAGAGCUUACUUAAGUCUCUAGAGCAAGGGUCACAAAUCUUUUAAGCAAAAGAUCAAACAGGAAAUGUUUUCAGUCAAGUCUGUAGUUGAGCUCACAACACUGCCACUGUGCAGUGUCGCCAGAGAAGAAACUCGUCAGGAAAAAGAACAUCAUUACUGUUUUCCAAUAGAACUUCCUUUCCACAAAACAACCAACAGGCUAUAUAUACACAUCCUGCACUCUAGGUGUGUUUUCAGAGCUGGUUCUACAUUAUGCAAUCUCUAGUUCUCAGUUGUUUAUUCUCUGUCUACCAGGCUUAAUCUCACAGGUAACAAUUUAGAGUCAUUACUUAGUGAUUGUUGGGGAGAUGGUUCUAUGUUUACUAGCAUAGCCUGAGAAAUGCCACUGUGGAAUCUAUCUUACUUUCUUCUUUUAAAAAAGAAGUUAAACUGUGAAAUGAAAACAACAGUCACUCAUUUCUGGCAGUAACUACUACAAAUAGCCUCUGGAAGGGACCAUUAUGCUUUCCAGUCUUUUAAAUACAGUAAACACCUUUUGGGUUUUGUUGUUUUGUUUUGUUUGUUUUUAAUCUUAAACAAGUCUACAUUGCUGAUUUGGGUGAUGAGGUAGUUACCUUCAUAGACUGGGUCUGAGCUCCCUCUGCUGUCCGCUAUAACAGCUUUUCCUGCAAAGAUUACAGAAGAAUUCUGACUAAGAAAAUGUUGUAAUUCCCCAAAUGAAAAUCAUUAUAUAUAAUUCAAUAUGAAAAACCGUGAUAAGUGUUUCUUAUUGGUUCCAAAAGUAAGGCUUUAGAUGAUACAUAUCAUUUUAAAGAGAGCAGAGAGAAGGAUGAGCUUUACUUUAAGUCAAGGAUUUAGUUGAGGUAAAACAUGAAGAGGAAAGAAAAUAAUGUUGUUAUUCUAAAACUGUGAUUGUUUACACACACACACACACACACACACACACACAUUAGAGGUCUUCCAAAUAAUCUUCAAGUUAAUCUCUUUGGAUAAAAUAAACUCUGUUUGUCCAAAAUAGUUGAAACAUAAUCUACUCUGAUUCGGUGUAAUACUAUAACAAUCUGAUUAAAUAUGGGCAUCACCUAAUGAUGUUGAGAAAGGGGAUAAAAUUUUUUGCCUUACACGAACUACACUUAAGGUAUUUUAUAAAAUGUGAUUAAUUAUAAUGACAAAUCAGUGUUCUCCUACAUAGGAUAUAAUAAGAAAUCAAAAGUUAUAAAAUAUUGUGAAGAUGAAAGGUUUUUAUGAACAAAUAAUUUUAUUUGAAACACCACAUUAAUAUUGGAGAAACAUUGGAUAUUCAGUAUCAGGAUAAAUUGAUAUCGCAUGGAUUCAUGUUAGGAAUGUAGAAAGAAAAAUGUAUCCAUUUGGAUAAUUUGAACAAAAUAGAUGAUUAUUAUAUUCAUGUAUAUAUGUCUUUAUUGAGUUUAUAGGGAAAUAAAUACUGGAAUUUCACCAGAAUUUUAUUCUCUUAGUUCAUCUAAUAAUUCAGGAGGUAAACAGUAAAGACUUGUCUGUUGAGCCCUUUGCCUUUCAAAAAAAUUCUGUGGGAAGAAAUGAAAGGAGAGGGAAAUAGAAAGAGAGGUAAAGAGGGAGGAAGUAGGGAGGGAAAGAAGGAAGGAAGGAAGGAUAGAAGGAGGGAAGAAAGAAAAGAGGGAAGGAGGGAAGGAAGGAAGGACAAAAGAGAGAUUUUCUACUUGAUUUUUAAAAGACAGGACAAAUGCAGGCAUUUAUAUAAUUUUGUUGGACUUUCCAAGAAGGAGCAGCAUGGCUGCUUGAAAGGGACUGAUUUGCCUAUAAUCAGUGCCAUCCAAUAUACUGACUAUAAAUAAGCUCUAUUUCAAAACUUUUUGAGUGUAGCUUAAGCUAAUUGAAAAGGAGUACGCUAAAGCAUGUCAUUUAUAAAAUAAAGCACAAAAUACUUAUAAGAAGACAUACUUAAUGAGUUAUCUCAUGUAAGACACUCUGCUGGGCACUUAAAAUUAGCAAUGGCUUUUGUAUGCAUAGAUUACUAAGACAUCCAAAAGAAAAGUUUGCUUUGUGAGAGGCACUUGGCUUGGAACGCAUGGCUAUAGAUCCUUUAUGAGUGUGCUUAGUCCUUCUCCACAGGGACUCUAAGUGUCAGAACAUGCUGUAAGAGGCGACAAUUGUCACAGUGGCUUAAUCAGAAUCACUAGGUUCCUGAAUAUUCCAAGAUGAAGCCAUUGCUUUUGGAGGAAGAGGCAGCAUUCCCUCACACCUACCUCCUCUUACUUCUGUAUCCUUGGUUCUGUGUGAUGCUUCUCUCUGCCUAGUCUCUCCAACUUUACUCUCCUACUGGUUGUUACAGCCUUGGCUACUUCCUUCCAAACCUCCUUCCACUAAACACGCCCAGAGUUUUACAAGGAAGAGUGAAGCACAUUUAUUAACGCUUCCUAUUGAAACACAAACAACUAUUAGAGUGUAAACAUUUUUAAUUAAGUGGACUAUCCUUAUCAAAGCAAUGAAUAAAGAGUAAAGAAGAGUUGUGCAGGUGGCAUGCCAAGAGAAGAAUAGAAAAUCUUCAGUGUGAAAAUGUCGAUUUCUAUACUUACAUUGUUAUUAGCCAGUAUCCUCUUAUUCUCCCAAUUUCAUCUAAAAUCUUUGUUCACUCCCCACUUUGCACAACAGUGAAAAUGUCUGUAUCUAUCCAUAAUGAAUGAAAAGGAGGGCCUAAUUCUAGGGGGAGUUAAAACCUGAAUAGAUUUGCAGAAACAUCCUGGAAUCUCAAUAUUUGUAAUGUUUUUAAGUUCAGCUCGAAUGUAUUCUGUCCAGUUCUCUUGCACGGAGGAAGGAGGGAGCCAGCAGCCCCUGAACAAGUCUAUAAGAAUUCCUGCAGAGCACACUUGAGCAUUCGGGGUCUACUUUGGGUGUGAGAACAGAAUCUCCCUCUUCUCCUCUCCUCAUGAUAGCCACCUCACCCCCACCCCACUGCCUUCAGAAGUCCUGGCACAGGCUUCUAACACUGAGGUGUGGACCCAGUAAGUGGCUUUUUUUUUCUUUUAUUUCUUUUUGUUUUUUUAUCAAAAAGAUAUUUGCAGUGUGAUAAAAAUCAUCCUUAUGUAAUAAAGACAGUGGGAAGUGCUUAUGUUUGCAAUAGUAAAAGAAUUUAAAAAAUGUUAAACAAAUAGAUUUAAAUUUGCAUUUUUAUUCUGCUCUGUCAAACCAGACCAGAAACUUGCAAACAUCGGAACCAAGCCAACUUGC